ACACACACAGACACAGAGAGAAGAGGGGGACGCUUGUUUUCCCUCCUCUCUCUCCAGCUUUAAAAAAAUGAAACAGCCCAUUGAAGAGGAAAAGAGGGGGGGGCAGUGCUGUACUUCCAUCCAGCCUGGAUUGUAAGGAACAUUUAGUGUGCCGACACUAACCCAGAUACCAGACACAACACACAGGGCCAGCUGAGGACCUGACAGAACACAGGCAUGAACGACAUCAAGCUGGCCCUGCUGGGAAGCCAGGGGGCUGGGAAAUCAGCUGUCCUUGUGCGGUUCCUGACCAGGCGCUUCAUCGGUGAAUAUGCCUCUAACGCCAAUUCCCUGUACCAUAAAAGGCUGUCAAUCGAUGGCCGGCAGCUAAAUCUCGAGGUUUUUGACCCCUGCUCUCAGAGCUCAGAGGCCAGGUGUAUCCUGGAAGAGCCGGUGGACUGGGCAGAUGGCUUUGUGGUGGUUUACAACAUCAGCGACUGCACUUCCUUCAUCAACGCCAAGAACAUCCUGCAGCAGAUUCGGGAGGCACGCAUUGAAAACUGCAAAGGGGAGGUGGAGGUUCCUGUGUGUCUGGUGGGUAACAAGCAGGACCUGUGUCACGCCCGGCAGGUGCCUGAAGAUGAAGGCCGCUGCCUGGCUAAGGAGAACCGCUGUCACUUCCAGGAGGUCUCAGCCGCCGAGAGCUACCAGGACAUCGCCAACCUCUUCACCCAACUCAUCCGGCAGGUGAUGGAGCACCUCAAGUACAGAGCUGACCGACGACGUUACAGCGGCUCCAAGUCAAUGGUCAAGCUCAUCAACAAUGUGUUUGGCAAAAGGAGGAAGUCUGUGUGACGUCCCAGGGAAGUCAGCUCCAGUCAGCUGGGGGGACUGAAGGACCCAUUUUAAAGGAAACAUGCUGGGUCUGAUAACUGUAACUACAUCAGUCCAAACAGUAACUUUAUGUUCACACUGUGGGCAACAUGUACAGUUGGUGGGAAGGCUUGGAUGGUUUCAACAUUUACCGACAAAUA